AUGCCACCACCACCCACACGCUGGCGCGAGGGUUUCAGCGCCCUCCAGGCCGUCUAUCAACGACACGUCAAGGGCGUCUCCCAGCCGCCCGUCCUCUCCGCCAAUGCUGCAGCGCUUCUGUCGGCUGCCUAUGUCUUCAUCUACGUAAUCCCCUUCUACCUCUCCUCCGCCACCAGACCUUCGGCUUCCCUCUCGCGCGAUGCUCCCUCGUCCAUCCGCGCCAGAGUCCGCGCCGUCACCUUUUCCACACUCCUGUGCACCCUCAUCACCGUAGCCCUGCUCCACCGCCUUGAUGUCGCCAUCUCGCAGAUCCCCGCCCUCCUCGGCUUGUGGCCUGUGUCGCCCAUGGACACCAUCCGCACCAUGCUCUUAGUCGUCAUUCUCUUUGCAGGUCCUCUGUUCGAGAAUGGUAUAGUCGACGGUGAUUGGCGAGACUGGAUACAGCUGAAUGGCCUGCACCAGUCAUUGAGCAGCUGGAUCGGGUACAGGAACUUUGUAGUUGGACCCGUCAGCGAAGAGCUAGUUUGGCGUUCCCUUAUCGUGCCCCUCCACGUCCUAGCCCGCUUCUCCGGCAAGCAGAUCGUCUUCCUGACCCCACUCUACUUUGGCAUUGCCCAUGUCCACCACCUGUACGAGUUCCGCAUCACCCACGCCCAAGUCCCACUCGCCUUGGCAAUUGCCCGCUCCCUCUUCCAGUUCACCUACACCUCGCUCUUCGGCUUUUUCGCCGCCUUUGUCUUUGUGCGCACCGGCAAUGUUUACUCGUGUGUCUUGGUCCACGCCUUUUGCAAUUGGAUGGGACUGCCGCGCUUCUGGGGUCGUGUUGGUGUCGAGGCUGGUGUGCCCAUCGGUCCUCCAGACGUCGCCAAAAAGGACGAUGGUGAUUCAAGGACCACACCUGCGUAUCAGGGAAAGGGUAUCGCAUGGACUGUAGCAUACUACCUCAUCUUGGUAGCUGGAGCCGUGGGCUUCUACUACCAGUUAUUCCCGCUGACCGAGAGCAGCCACGCUCUGCCUGUGACACUGACCAGGACGUAA